CCUACUAGGCAACUCAUCGCAUGUUUAAAGUGGGUAGUAAUAAAACUCGAACAGGCCUAUUCCCACUUCUCCACCUAGUCUAGGUGGGGAGUACGGCUUGCCGCCAUUGCUCAUUCUUUAUUCUUGCGAGGCAACGAACGCACGUAAAUUCAGAAUUAAAAAUUCAAAAUCGUGAAAAUGCCUAAACGUAGUGCAGAAGAAAAAAUAGCGCACUAUACGCGAAAAAUCCAAAGAAUACAAGAAAAGAAACUCAAACGUAUUCAACAAGUUUCAACAGUGUUGCCAAAUUCUUCAGACUCUGAAGAAAAAUCAGACCACGAAGAUGCUUCGGCGUUCGAAAAUGUUAAUGAAGAACCUGAAGGGUCUGCCGCAAAUUCGAAUGAGGAGACUCCACCGCCACCUCAAACUGAGGCAGGUGACGCCGAAACAGUCCCUGUAAUAGACGCGGAGUUACUGACCGCUCUUGGGGAGGCCACGGACGAGGCUCCCAAAUAUGGUGAACAAAUUCAUCCGGAUUUGGCUCAAAGAUGGCUGCCUAUAUUACGUAAAGGUAUGGACAAAAAUGCCAAGGACGAACUGAUCAAAGAGUACAGUAUACCAGAAAACUGUAAACUACUAAGAGCUCCGUCAUUAAAUGCCGAGAUCUCCGCGGCUGUUACAGACAUAGCCAGAGGUCGUGAUAAGAAAAUCGAAGCAGAACAACAGCUCUUAGGCGUGGGCCUAUCCGCUAUAAAUAGAGCCAUGACCUUACUUUUAACUACCGACGACAAACAAAGUAAGGUCCGAGCGAUAAAAACCCUAUCUGACGGAUGUCGCAUCUUAUCCGACCUUCAUUUCUUACAGUCGCAGGCCAGAGUGAAACUAGUCACUCCAGGCUUAGAUAAGGUCUUCCUUAAUCUGAUCCAAGAUGUUGAGAGAGAUGAGGCCCUGUUCGGCAGCAAACUGUCCGAAAAAAUCAAGGCAUCGAAAGCGAUCGAAAAACAAAGCUCUCAGAUUAAGAAGACUGUCGCGACACCAGCCACAAGUACAUUCCAGGCUGCGGGCCCAUCGUACGCUCGAUACCGGGGAAACUGGUCGAGGCCCGCUCGCUUCCAACCGACGAGCCGACGGGGGCGCGGCGGGCCACGCUGGAGCGCGCCGGCAGCUCCAAGGUCGACGGCGCCGGCCAGCGCGCAGACGCAGCCCAAGGCAGCUUACACCAGGCCACGUGCACCAGCGCGCCAGUAACACAGAAUUCGAAGUCAGAAAUUCACCCAGUUUACCCUGGCGGCCGCGAAGCUCUCCGGCGCGCGUUUUCAAGUAGAGGGACCCCCGACGCGUCACUGAGCCUCAUGCUGGCUUCCAUUUCGGAAAACACACUACGUCAGUAUGACGUAUCUUUUAAAUUAUGGUGGAAAUUUUGUAUUAAUAAUAAUUUAAAUUUUUAUGAGGGUUCCAUUUCCGCUAUCCUUGGUUUUUUAACAGAGGAAUUUAAUAAAGGAGCAUCAUACGGAUCAUUAAAUAGUCACAGAUCCGCACUGUCGCUCCUACUUGGCUCUGUCAUCACCUCAGAUGACCAAAUUAAAAGAUUGUUAAAAGGUGUCUAUAAAUUAAAACCCACGAUUCCUAAAUAUAGUAAUACAUGGGAUCCUCAGAUAGUCUUAAACCAGAUAGCGUCAUGGAUCCCUAAUAAAGAAAUUUCUCUAGAAAAAUUAACUAAAAAAUUGGCGAUCUUGUUAGCAAUAUGCACUGCACACAGAGUACAGACGCUUUCAUGUAUUAAAAUAGAAAACAUUAUUGUAAACCCUAAUGGCGUCAAGAUUAUGAUUUAUGAUAUUAUUAAAACAUCAGCCGCAGGGCGUGAUCAGCCAACUUUGUUCCUACCAUAUUUCCAUGAUAACAGAAACAUAUGUCCCGCGACUGUUAUAGUUGAUUAUCUUUACGUAACAUCUAACUUCAGAAAUGAAAGCACCCAAAAUUUGUUAUUAACAUUUAAAAAACCGUAUAAAAACGCAUCUGCUCAAUCCAUUAGCAGGUGGAUUAAGCAAGUGCUUGGCGAGAGCGGCAUCGAAGUCGCGACAUUUAGCGCGCACAGCACGCGUCAUGCCGCGACGUCGGCCGCACACCGCGCGGGCAUUUCGCUCGAUGCUAUCCGGAAGGCUGCAGGCUGGUCGAAAACCUCAGAGACUUUUGCCAAAUUUUACAACCGCCCACUUGUUGAUGAGGGCGAUUUUGCAAGAGCCAUUUGCCUUCCGGAUAAGAAUUGAUUACAAAAAAUUGAUUGUAGUAUUACGAUACUUGUCUAUAAAUAUAUUUCUAAUAAUAAAUGAUGAUAAUUGAAGAAAAUUCUAGUUUUUUAUUGAAUGCGAAAUGCAGCAAAACUUUCAUCUCUUAACAUCUACCUGGUUUUUUAUAUCUGAAGAAUGAAGCUUAAGAAAUAUAAUACAUGAUCAAACGAACUUCAGAGUGAAGUUCGAUCAGUAUUAUAUGAGUAAGCUUCAUUCGAAGAUAUA